AUGUCAAGCCACGAUUAUUACGGCUCCGGCCAGCAAGACUACGGCUACGGCCACGGCCAGCAAGGCUACAACGCCGCUCCCCCGCCGCAGGGCCAAUACGGCGGUCACAGCCCGUAUCCGCCCCAGCAGGGUGCCUAUCCGCCGCCGCAAGACCAGUACAACCAGUACCAGUCGCCCCCGCCGCAGCCGCACCAGGCUCCGUACGAUCCGUACAACAACAACAACAACGGCCAGUAUGCUUCCCCGCCGCCGCCGCACAGCGGCAGCUACUCGCCCGCGCCCGGCUACAACAACACGGUCGCGCCGUACCCGACGGGCGGCGCUGACGACUACAACCGCGGCAACCACUCGCCCUACCCGCCGUCGGCGCCGUACGGCGGCGCUCCUCCCCCUCCUGCGUAUGCCGGUGGCGAGCACGGAUACGGCCAGCAGCAGCAGCAGUACCCGCCGCAGCAUCAGCAGCAGCAGGGCGCGUACGGCAACGAGCAUGCGCGCCAGUACGACGCGGCGGGCAAUCCUCUGCCACCGGACGGCGAUCGCGGGCUAGGCGCGACGCUGGUGGGCAGCGCGGGCGGGGCGUUCUUGGGGCACAAGAUGGGCGGAGGGGCGCUGGGGACGAUUGGCGGCAUGGUGGCCGGGGCGAUUGGGGCGAAUGUGUUGGAGAAUCAUCAUGACAAGGACAAGAAGAAGAAGAAGAAGUCCAAGCACAAGAAGCACGGCAGCGGCGACCAUGGCUCCCACUAUGGCGGCUCGGCGGCGAUCGGCGGCCUCUACCCGCCCAGCCACGGCCAUGGGAAGAAGCAUAAGCACAAGAGCAGGUCCAAGAGCAGGGGCGGCAGCAGCAGCAGCAGCUCGUCGAGCGACUCGGAUUAG